GGAGAAGUUGUUGAAACAGAGAAUUCUAUCAACACCCGGUUCCAGACCAUAUUCGCAUUCCCUUCCUAGAGAAAUUGAUUUGAGAUUUUGAGUGGUCUUCUCUCGGAUCCCUCAAAAAGAAAAUGAAUUACACAUCCGCUCAAGAUCCUCACAGAGUCUGCCAAAAAUUUCCAUCCACCGCCAGACUGAUCUGCUGUUCAGCUCAAGAAAAUGGCAAAUUCAAGGCCAGAGUUGCAAGCGCCGCCGGAGAUUUUCUACAACGAAGAUGAAGCGCGCAAAUACACUUCAUCUUCUCGUAUCGUCGAUAUUCAGGCAAAACUUUCUGAGAGAGCUAUGGAGCUUCUUGCUUUGCCUGACGAUGGAGUCCCGAGGCUACUUAUUGACAUUGGCUGCGGGUCAGGUCUAAGUGGAGAGACUAUAACCGAGUCUGGACACCACUGGAUAGGUUGGGAUAUAUCCCAAUCAAUGCUAGAUGUUGCCUUGGAGCGUGAAGUUGAGGGUGAUUUAGUACUUGGGGACAUGGGUCAGGGAUUGGGAAUUCGACCGGGAGUUGUUGAUGGUGCAAUAGGCAUUUCAUCUAUUCAGUGGCUGUGCAAUGCUGACAAGUCUUCUCAUGAUCCCCGGAUAAGAUUGAAGGCUUUCUUUGGAUCAUUGUAUAGAUGCUUGUCGAGAGGAGCUAGAGCAGUGUUUCAAGUGUACCCUGAAAAUAAUGCUCAAAGAGAGUUGAUUCUUGCUUUUGCUAUGCGAGCUGGCUUUGCUGGUGGUGUAGUUGUUGAUUAUCCACACAGUACCAAAAUGAGGAAAGAGUAUUUAGUGCUCACUUGCGGUCCGCCAUCUCUCAACAACUCCACUCCCAAAGGAAAGGGUGAGGAUGGAGAGUGCUAUUCCAGCGAAGAAGACGACAGUAGUGAAGACGAUGAAAGCCAGACUGUUUGUGUAGCAGAUAGGCACCGGCCUAGAAAAAAGCAAAAGGUAAAUAAGAGAGGCAAAGGAAGGGGAUGGGUUCUUAAGAAGAAGGAACAACUGAGGAAGAAAGGGAGAGAAGUUCCCCCAGACACAAAAUACACCGCACGAAAAAGAAAACACCGUUUUUGAUCAUCUUGUACGGUAAUUUGUAUACUGGAGUAGCAUGUGUUUCAUUUCUUUUUAACACUAUUUAUAUGAUGACAAUUUUACGGCGCGGUUUGCCCUUUUUGUUGGUUUUAUAUUGUUCUUACUCUCUGAAUCAAAAUGCUCAAAAUUG